CCCGCCGCGACCCCGGCCCCGGCCCCGCCGGCCGCGGCGCCCCCGCCAUGACGCCGGAUCUUCUCAAUUUCAAGAAGGGAUGGAUGUCCAUCCUGGACGAGCACGGAGAGUGGAAGAAACAUUGGUUCGUGCUGACCGACUCGAGCCUGAGGUAUUACCGGGACUCAAACGCAGAGGAGGCUGAUGACCUUGAUGGAGAAAUCGACCUGCGUUCCUGCACGGAUGUGACGGAGUUUGCGGUGCAGCGCAACUACGGCUUCCAGAUCCACACAAAGGAUGCCGUCUUCACCCUGUCAGCGAUGACCUCUGGCAUCCGGCGCAACUGGAUCGAGGCCCUGAGGAAGAAUGUGCGCCCAGUCAGUGCUCCAGACGUCACCAAGCUCCCUGACUGUGACAAGGAGAACUUCCAUAACUGCGUUUCCCAGAAAGGCUCACUCCGGACGGAGGAGCAGCAGCGGCCGGGCUCGGGCUCCGAGGGGAACUCCAAGGGCAGUCACUGGAAGGCGGAUGGGCAGCGCCAUGCCUUUGACUAUGUGGAGCUGUCUCCCUUGCCACAAGAGCCUGGAAGUCAGGGGUCCCUGCAGAGGACAAAAGGGAGCCUGAAGAUCUCGGAGCGAGCUCCCAGGUAUGAGGAGCUGGAGCGGGAUCUGGCCAUCCGUUCGGAGGAGAGGAGGAGGUGGUUCGAGAGCCCCGAUGGCAGGGUCCCCAACAACGAUGGCCCGGCAGGAGACCCUGCCCGCAGGGCCGGGGAGCAGGACCUCCCCACCCCUCCGCUUUCGGAGGAACAACGGAUUCGUCUGAAUGAGGAGAUAGAGAAGAAGUGGCUGGAGCUGGAGCACCUGCCCUUGAAGGACUUGCAGAGGGUGCCCUUGACAACACUGCUGAACCAGAGCAAGGGGGGCCAGGGAGACACCAAUGAGGCGCUGAAAAAGGAGAUCCAGUCACUGCGGGCACAGCUGGAGUCCUGCCGGGCCAGAAACGAGAGCCUUCGGGAGGCAGCAAAAUCCCAGGGGGACAGCCAUGUGCCCCGAGGGUACAUCUCACAGGAGGCCUGUGAGCGCAGCCUGGCUGAGAUGGAGUCAUCCCACCAGCAAGUGAUGGAGGAGCUGCAGAGGCACCACCAGCGGGAGCUGGAGCGGCUGCGGCAGGAGAAGGAGCGACUCCUGGCAGAGGAGGCGGCAGCAACAGCAGCAGCCAUUGAGGCACUGAAGAAAGCCCACCGGGAGGAAAUGAAUAAGGAGCUGGGCAGGACACGGAGCUUCCAGCAAUGCAGCUCACUCCCAGAAGCCCUCCAGAAGCAGCACCAGUUGGACGUGGAGUCGCUGAAGCGGGAACUGCAGGUGCUUUCUGAGCAGUAUUCCCAAAAGUGCCUGGAAAUCGGGGAGCUCACCCAAAAGGCAGAAGAGCGGGAGCAGAUAUUGGAGCGCUGUCAGCGGGAGGGGAAGGACCUCCUCCAGAAAAAUCAGGAGCUGCAGACGCGCCUCUCGGAUGAGAUCGGGAAGCUGCGAAGCUUUAUUUCAUCGCGGGGCUCUGGGGACCGUGCCUCGCACAACAACGAGCGCAGCUCCUGCGAACUGGAGGUGCUGCUGCGGGUGAAGGAGAAUGAGCUCCAGUACGUAAAGAAGGAGGUGCAGUGCCUCCGGGAGGAGCUGCAGAUGAUGCAAAAGGACAAGAGAUUUGCCUCAGGGAAAUACCAAGACGUGUAUGCAGAGCUGAAUCACAUUAAGGUGCGCUCGGAGCGCGAGAUCGAGCAGCUGAAGGAGCACCUGCGCCUGGCCAUGGCGGCUCUGCAGGAGAAGGAGUCGCUGUGCAACAGCAAGUAACGGUCUGCUCUACAUUUGUUAUCUGUUCUUGUUUUGUAUUUGCUCCAUUCCUCACUCGUGGGGAGAGGGAGGUUGAAUCCCUAUCCAUGUCCACCUUGGUGAGGAAUCCCACACACCCCAACCUCCUCACUCCCCUCCCAAAGCUUUUUUGAUGAACCCUUUUUGCCUGCAUACCUGAGCACGUUGUUUGGACUGGCUCCUUACAUGCACCUUCCUCAGGAUUUUAUAUGUGAAAAUUAUAUUUUAUAGAGGAAUUUUUUUCCCCAUGGAAAGGAGGGGAAGAGGAGGAGGAAAAGUUUUACUACAUCACCAACAUUUUUCUAACCUGAAGAAGAGAACCUGGUUUUUCCCCCUUUCCUGGCUCCAUUUCUCCUGGCCACACACAGCCACCUUUGGCAAAUAUUCCCUCUCUUCCAAAUGUCUUCACGGUCCCCCUGGGAUGUAGGGCAAGGACCGUGCUCCCCCUCCCCGUGCCACCCCCGGGACCUGCGGAGAAGACACGAAAGCCAUAGGGGGAGCCGCUGGGGCUGUCUGCCGUGGGUGUGCUUGCCCGAGGCGGCUGAAAGCGGACACCUUGGCAAGAGUCCACAUGACCGAGCUCUCUCUCCGUGGCUGCCCUUUUGGCUCCUGCAAGAACCUGCAUUGGCAGGAGCCCAGAGCCACGGGACUUCUCCUUUCUGGGGAAGAGGAGCUGUGAGGCUGCUACUGCACCCGCCCGAGCCAACCUCCUCAGGGUGACAGCUGCUGCUGCUCCGCUGUGCCCUUCAACUUUUAACUUAAUAAAAUCUUCCCCUUUCGCUGAGAAAAA